UCAGUUUAGAUCUUGAAGUUGAACAAUUAACAUCGUCUGAAAAUUAAUUUAUUCAAAUUAGCAAAAUUGUGGUCAUUUUUAUUACGUUGUUAUUCAAUUUUAUAUUGACGAUGAUGUAAAAGUUAAAGUGUUUAGUUUUUAUUAACUUCUUGUGUAAAGUGAAAGUGUUGAGUGAAAAGUUUUAAAAAUGGAAAUUAAAAACACGUGAAAAAUCAUAGGUUGCUGAGAUUUGAAGAAAAUUUGGUUAACUAAACCAUUUCAAGCACUAAUUCCUUCACAUUAGAUUAUUUCAAAGCUGAGAAGCUUCAAGUGGAAAUUGGUUAUUGCGAUGAUACUUAAUGCAAAAAUUCUUUUUUUCUACAAUAGAAAUUAUGUGCUUGUGUGACAUCUCAUCAUCUUCUGCGAUUGUUCAAUAAGAGUUUGAAGCUGUUUAAUGAGGCUGAAUUAAUUCAAUUUUCAACAGGUAAGGACUCUCAAGAAAAAUGAAAUCUUUCAUCAAAGUUAUCGAUGAAUUUGAUUUCAUUUUAUGUAGUUUUUUCAUAAGUCCCAUUCAUUAAGAUUCAGAAGCAGUAAUUAAAGUAAUAAUAUGAAGUGGUGGACUUAAUUGGACUUAAUAUUAAUUUUUUCCUGUUACAUUGAA